AUGAAAAUUACAAAAUUACAAAGUACGAAACUUAACGUGCACAUCAAUCAGCAGGAAUGGUUUUCACCCAUACGCUACGAUACACCACAUAUUCAAGCAGCAAUAGAUGCUUGCCAUGCCACGGGUGGUGGACGUGUUAAAUUCCCAAUUGGGAAUUAUUUAACAGCAAUAAUUUACUUGAAAUCAGGGGUGAUGCUGGAUCUCCAGAAAAAUGCUACCAUUUUAGGAGGCACGAAACUGAGUGAUUAUCCUUUAGAAUCACAUAGAUGGUAUGUUGUGUUGGCAGAGAGUGCCACAGAUGUUGGGAUCAUGGGUCAAGGAAUAAUUGACGGUCAAGGACCAAAAUUUGUGGAGAAGAUAAACGAAAGGAAGAAUAUUAUGGUCAGUUGGAAUGCUACCGGAGCUUGUUUUGGUGAUGAAUGCAGGCCUAGGCUCGUUGGUUUCCUUGACUGCACAAAUGUUGGAGUUUCAGAUGUCCUCUUUACACAACCUGCUUACUGGUGUUUGCACAUUGUGAGAUGCGACAAUACAUCAAUUGACGGCCUAUCUAUUUUUGGUGAUUUUAAUACUCCAAACAACGACGGGAUAGAUAUUGAGGAUUCUAAUAAUACAGUAAUUACGAGAUGCAUCAUCAACACAGGAGACGAUGCUAUCUGUCCUAAAACAUCCACAGGUCCCGUGCAUAACUUAACUGUGUCAAACUCCUGGAUCCGGACAAAAUCCUCUGCCAUCAAACUCGGGAGUGCUAGUUGGUACGAUUUUAAAGGUCUUUUGUUUGACAAUAUCACCAUCGUCGAUUCUCACCGAGGGCUAGCUUUGCAGUUACGCGAUGGAGGAAACGCCAGCGAUAUCACUUUUUCUAACAUAAAUAUCAACACGCGGUAUUAUGAUCCAUCGUGGUGGGGCAGAGCAGAGCCAAUCUACAUAACAACUUGCCCACGUUACUCCUAUUCAAAAGUUGGUAUAAUCUCUAAUGUACAGUUCAUCAACAUAUCUGUGAGUUCAGAAAAUGGAGUCUUUUUAUCUGGUUCAAGUGAAGGUGUUCUAAGCAACUUGAAUUUCAUCAAUGUGAAUCUUACUUAUAGUAGAUGGUCCGAUUUUGCCGAUGGGUUAGUUGAUUAUCGACCGGGUUGCCAGGGUCUUGUAAAUCACAGUUCAGCUGAUAUUAUAAUGGAUCAUGUUGAUGGAUUACAGAUUGAAAAUAUGAACAUGAAAUGGUCAAAUGGUUACCUAAAAGGAUGGAAUAACACUUUGGACUUCAGUCCAUCAACGGUGAACAACAUAUCUAUACUUGGUUUCAAUUCAGCUCUGAUGAGCCUCUCCCAGAAAUCACUAUAA